AUGUCGCAGAAUGAGGACCUCUCGUUUAAGCCGCUUGAUGAUUGGACUUUUACGAAUGAGAGGGAUUCAGAUCGGGGGGUAGUGGAACUUUUAGAGAGGGACAAAUCAACUGGAAAAUCCCACAGUCGCAUGUCGACUUUAGAUCACGAGCUUGAUACUAGAAACAAUAUCCCGCAUGGUAUACUAUUCACAACCACCAAAGCCCUGGAAACCUGGGCAACUCGACAACAUCGUAACUAUUUCCCAUCAACUUUCUGGCCAGUCGUUUCAAAGAAUCUCAACGGUACUUUCGGCUGCGAAUAUCAUAGAGAUGAGAAGGGAAAGGUGCUGACCCACGAUUCAUGGAGUUGUUUCAAAGUAAAGCGCAUCUGGAAAAUGCCCAAUUCAUUCAUGGUCUACGACCACUGGACACAGCUCGCAGUAUUCGUCCGCCAUAAUUUCUCAACAUCAACUCAACUUGUCAUGUUCAUCAACUGUCCAGAUCAGAUCAAGUCCCCGCUACGCGCUUGCAUGUCGUCGAUUCAAUCAAGUGAUCCAUACUCUUGGCACGCUGCAUUUGCCAGAGAAACCAUGAAUGUAUAUGAUCAGGCUAUUUGGGACCUUCGGGGGGUGGUAUGGGAAGUUGAGGCUUACCAAAAGCAACUCGGAAGCUUUCAACCACAAUUCACCCUCCUCCAUGACAUGGCGAGACAUAUCAGUCACAACAAGGAGAUCCUUGACGUUGCUGCGGACACCGUGGAGAGUAUAAUCUAUGAACAAUCGGUGCUGGAUGAGCAGCAUCCCCGCCCCGCGGACAGAGUACCCUGGCAUGUUAGAGAUGUUUAUCAACAGCUGUACCUCACAUCGAAAGGAAUUAGAGCGACGAAGCUUCGGUGCAUUUCUCUUAGCGAGAGACUUCAGAAUGAGAUCAAUUUGGCAUUCAACAUUGUCUCUCAACGCAACAACGAAGCCUCGGUACAGAUGGCGAAGAGCGCCAUGGUGGAUAAUACGAUGAUGAAGACGGUUGCCAUUGUUAGUCUUGUUUAUUUACCGGGGACCUUUGUGUCGGGCAUCUUCGGGAUGAACUUCUUUAACUUCGACACCAACGAGUCCGGGACCAUGGUGUGGAGUUUGUCGGAUAAUUUCUGGUUAUAUUGGCUUGUCACGAUUCCCUUGACGCUUACUACGAUGGCGGUUUGGCUACUAUGGUUCAACCGAGAUGUCAUUACGCGCAUCAUUUGUGGACGGACAAGCGGGAGUCCAGGAGCGUACAUUGACGAUGGGAAUGAAUGA